CCAAGACCCUGAAGCAAACGCUCCCCCCCAACACACACAUAUCCCCAUCCGCCACGUUCGCCCCCUCUCCUUCCUCCCGGGUCGUCCUUCGCUACAUCCGCAAAGGAGAUGGGCCGACGCACCUCCGUGCACCCCGCGUUGGGCAGCGUAGACGUGUUCCACGAGAUCUUCAUCCGGCUGGACAGCUGCGGCGACCUGGUGAGGGUGUUGGCAGUGUCGCCGGCGUGGUGCGCCGCUGCCAACAUGCCUGGCUUCCUCAAAUCCUUCAGAAAAAGGGAGUUCUCCUUCUUCCUGGUCUGCCCGGCACCUAGGGUGAAGUUGGACUGCGGCGCGAUCUGCACGGAGAUGGACGAACCCGUGCAUUACCACGUCAACGAAUUCGUCGAUGGGGCAUGGGAGCUUGCAGUUUCUGAAGCCAUGGAGGGGGGGGGGGGGGGGGGGUGAGACAACGUUCUUCCUCCGACACCCAUACUCUAUUAUACAUCAGGACAUGUUGUAUAUGAUGUAUGAGAUGGGGAAGGUUGUUUCCUACGACCUGAACACGAGAACAUUCACAGCCGUUGCUCUGCCUCCAGACUUCACCUCCAACCGAUUCAUGGGAGGGACGGACUACCAAGUCACCAUUUCCACCACUGGCAUCAUAUGCAUGGCGCAGGUGCAGGGCACCUGUCUCUAUGUCUGGGACAUGGAAGCAUCAGGAAGAUGGAUUCGCAAGGCAACACUUUCUGUUCCAGAUUUUUUUGGCCACAAUGAGGAUUCGCCGCCAUGGGCGCGUGUUGCCUCUGGAUCAUUUCCAUUGUGGAGUGCUUUGUUUUAUUCAGUCAGGAUACUUGCAGCCACCGGCGACGCGCAACACAUUGUCGUGAGGAUUGGGUUCACCGGGCACGUCUUCUGAAUCAACACCAGAACCAUGCAUGCAGAGCGGUUGUUGCAAGACACCAGGAGCACCUAUGUAUGCAAGGUGGCGUCUGUAACCGUGACAUGGCCGCCAAAGGUACCUGUCAACUUUGUUCCUGCCUAUAUCAAUUAGAUUGUGUUGUGCUAUUCAGGCAUUAUAUUGCUAGUGGCGAACUGUAAUUUCACUACGACUUGAGUUUUUUAUUACCCGCAUUACUGUGUGAACAAGAACGGUGACUAAGUUGUAAUC